CCCAUUAGCUUUUGCCGCGUCCACAUUUGCCACCAGAGAAAGGAGGAAGAGGAGGAGCAAGAGGGCUACUCCUCUACUCAGCACAGAGCAAAAAAAUUAAAAACCCAAGAAAAAAAAAAAAAAAAAAAGCCCCAAAAGCCUCUCAAUUUCUCUCAGACACACAGAAAAAGAAGAAGAAGAAGAAAAAAAAAAAAAAAAAAAAAAGGAAGAAGAAAAAAGCGUUUUGAUCAGGGAAAUAGGUAUCAGGAAAAAAGAAGAAAGAUAUAGCUUUGGAGAGCUUGGGGGACAGAUAGAGAGACCUUAUCUGUGCGCUUGAUCUCUUCUGAACUGGGGUUUUGAAUCCCUUUUUUGUUUGCAAAUUAUCCUGAUCUUUGACUGCGAUCACCUCUGUCUCUGGGUCGUUGUGGAGAACUAAGUUUGGAGUUUCGGUAAUGGGGAAGGGUUCGAAGAGCAAUUGCAAGUCUGCAUCACACAGGCUUUUCAAGGACAAGGCAAAGAACCGGGUCGACGACCUCCAAGGUAUGUUCACGGACCUGCAGUUUGCCAGGAAGGAGAGCCGCACGGUCGACAUCACCGUCCUUGAGGAGCAAGUCCAUCAGAUGCUCCGUGAGUGGAAAGCCGAGCUCAACGAGCCCUCUCCAGCUUCAUCUUUGCAACAAGGUGGUAGUCUUGGGUCAUUCUCCUCGGAUAUUUGCCGGCUGCUGCAGCUUUGCGAGGAGGAAGAUGAUGCCACUAGUCCAUUAGCUGCACCGAAGCCUGAGCCUAGUGAUCAAAACGUGCAAGUUAGGGAUGGUGUGAUCUUUCAAGAGGUGGGAUUUCUAAUUAAUUGAUAUGUUGCAGACCAUAGUUUUCCCUUGAUUGGAGAAUGCAAAAACCCCUCUUCAGAAGUUUGUGAUGUGGCAGUUAAUGACUUGGAAGUUGCUACUCACUUGGACUAUCAUCAGUUUCAUUUCCAUCAAGACUAUGAGAACUUCUGUACUGCUUAUACCGUAGCAGGUUUGUCUGGGGAGGAUGCAGUGCCUCAUGUUUCUAGCUAUCUGCCAAGUAUAUGCCCUCCUCCUUCUGCUUUCUUGGGCCCAAAAUGUGCUCUUUGGGAUUGUCCAAGGCCUGCUCAAGGCUUGGACUGGUGUCAGGACUAUUGCAGUAGCUUUCAUGCUGCUUUAGCAUUGAAUGAAGGUCCACCUGGCAUGGGUCCGGUUCUAAGACCUGGAGGCAUUGGCCUAAAGGAUGCUCUCCUUUUUGCUGCUCUUGGUGCAAAGGCACAAGGAAAAGAUGUUGGUAUCCCAGAAUGUGAGGGAGCCGCAACUGCAAAGUCUCCAUGGAAUGCACCUGAGCUCUUUGAUCUCUCAGUUCUGGAUGGUGAAACCAUUAGGGAAUGGCUCUUUUUUGAUAAGCCUCGAAGAGCAUUUGAGAGUGGGAACAGAAAGCAGAGGUCAUUGCCUGAUUACAAUGGCCGUGGUUGGCAUGAGUCAAGGAAGCAAGUGAUGAAUGAAUAUGGAGGCCUGAAGAGAUCCUACUAUAUGGAUCCGCAACCACUUAACCAUUUUGAGUGGCACCUCUAUGAAUAUGAGAUCAGUAAGUGUGAUGCUUGUGCUUUGUAUAGAUUGGAACUGAAGCUUGUUGAUGGGAAGAAGAACUCCAAAGGGAAAAUAACCAAUGAUUCAGUUGCUGAUCUGCAGAAGCAGAUGGGAAGGCUCUCUGCUGAGUUUCCAUCUGAUAAUAAGCGGUCAAUGAAGGUGAGGGCCAAAGUUAAUGAAAAGGUUGGUGUAGGAAAUGUUUAUUCCAUCCCAAAUCGAGUGGCACCAACAACUGGGACAUUUGAGUAUGGGAUAAAUGCACCAUAUGAUUAUCUUGUGGAGAAUAUAAAUGAAUAUUACCUGACUUAAUUAUAGAGCUGCGGAUGGAUGCUGAACAAGCUGGAUGUUGUUAGUUUAGUUACAUGGGUUUCUUUUUGCCUCUUGACUCGUUGGGUCUUUGCAAUUUCAUCUUCAAUAACAUGAAGUGAAGCUCAUUUUUUCACCAUUUGGAGAACUGUGAAUAUCUCAUUCUCACAUGAAGUGCUGUAUUAGACUCUGCCAGAUAAUGGAAGCUUAUAUCUAACUUCUUGAAGAUGGUGACAAACAGAGAAAAUGGGUGUUUUUUCCUCUUGUCCAUUUUUAUAACUAAUUGUCAUAUGUUGAACUUUUUAGAAACCAGUUAAUUUCACCAAAACUGGAAUAGGUGGAUGCACACUGUUGCUUUAAUUUUAUCUGUCAUCUUUUGUGUUUCUAAAAUUGCUAAUGCUGCAGGCCUUGGGUAAGUUGAGGCUAGGGAGUUUGUGAUAUGUAAUGUGGCUACUGGUAUACAAUGUUAUCUGUUUACUGGAUGUUGAAAGUAUAUAUUUCUUCAGUUAUCUAA